AUGAACUACUCUGCCCAGGCUCUAAACUCAUUAGCACCUUCUCAAAUCUUAUUCCUCGAGUCUCUCCCGAAAGCAGAACUACAUGCUCACUUGAAUGGUUCUAUCCCCAUAUCCUGCCUCGAGCAGCUUGCAAAAAGCUACAAGCCACAAGGGGAUAUUGGAUCUAUCGAUGUCAAUGCCUCGAUCCAAAACCUGGCCAACGGAGUCCAUCUCAAUCAGAUAGAAGAUUUCUUUAAACUAUUUCCUGCUAUUUAUGCUCUGACCAGCGAUAUACAUUCUCUUGGAAUCGCCACUCGGGCGGUUUUGAAUGAGUUUCUGAAGCCCCGGCCUUCGGCGAGUGGUAUCGAGGGUGCCCCGGCUGUUCCUCAAUGUAGCUAUUUAGAACUACGUUCUACGCCUAGGGAAACUGCUCAAAUGACUAGAUUAGAAUACGUUCAGGCCGUAUUAGAUGAAGUAGAAAAGUUUCCGGCCGAUAGAGCCGCGUUUAUAUUGAGCGUAGACCGUAGGAUGUCCCGCACCGAAGCCGACGAGGUAGUCGAUAUUGCAAUUCAAAUGAAGAGCGAGGGACGACGGGUUGUGGGCGUUGAUCUCUGUGGGAGUCCGUUGGCCAGUGAUGUUACCGUGUUUGGUCCCCCGCUCGCUCGUGCGAGAGAAGCUGGGCUCGGUCUAACGCUUCAUAUCGCGGAGACUGCACAAAAUUCUACCGAAGAAACGAUGAGCCUUCUCGACCUGCUUCCCGCUGGAUCCAAAGGUCGCCUCGGUCAUGCCACAUUCUUGGAUCCAGCUACACAGCUGAUCGUACUCAACCGGAAUCUUCCCGUAGAAAUCUGCCUAAGUUCGAAUCUACUGGCCAAAACUGUUUCAAAUAUCAACGUGCAUCACAUCAGCGAUUAUAUGAUCAUAGGACACCCCUUAGCUAUUUCAACCGACGAUAUUUUGCCGUUCAAGACCUCUCUUCUGGCCGAGUAUGCGCUUUUGAUGGCAUCUGCACCCUUAGGCCUUGGACUUGGGGAAGACGAAGUACGAAAGAUCGCAGCAGGGGGCUUGGAAAGCCGUUUCUCGGGUAUAUAG